AUGGAUCUGGAGAAUAUUGAGUUUUCCUUAGAAGACCAGAUGGAGCACGCCGUAUCAGUCCUUGCAACCAGGGCAAGGAAGAAAGGGCUCACUCUUGUAUCAUGGCUGAAGUCCCCAGAUAUGCCUGAAGUUCUUUUGGGUGACCCUGGACGGCUUCUUCAGAUCUUCAUCAAUCUCGUGGGAAAUGGUAUCAAAUUUACCGACAAGGGAGAAGUUUUGCUGUCAGCAAUUCUGGUCUCUGCUAGUGAUCGUGUGGCAGAGGUUCUUUUUGCGGUUAAAGACACAGGGAUUGGCAUACCCCAGGCAAAACAAUCACUUUUGUUUCAAGCGUUCAGUCAAGUCCACGCAUCAGACUCAAGGUUGUAUGGAGGGACGGGUCUGGGGUUGAUGAUCUCAUCACGCCUGGCCAAUGCCAUGGGUGGGCAUAUGUGGGUUGAGAGCGAAGAAGGCCAAGGCUCGACAUUCUUUUUCACUGCCAAGUUCUCCAUACCCGCCAAGAUUGUCCCAUCACAAAAGCUGAAAUUGGAUGUGAAGGCGGAUGAAGCUGCUGAUGCGAUCUCGGCUCUGGAAAAGCUUCAAAGAGCACUGUAUGAUGAGCUGCCUUACACCCUUCUGAUUGUCGAUUUGAAAGUGGGUGAUGGGGACAACAGCCCAAGGUCCUCUCCUGUCGACUGCAAGUGGCUGCUUAACCAUGUCAAAGGGCAGAGUCUGCUUCGUUUAGACAAGUCCGGAUGUCGAUUUCAGAAUGGAGCCAACAGGAGCAGUGCUGUGCAGGACAUUGAGGACUUUGCUGAGCCACUCACGCCAGAUUCACUAUUUUCGCGGGAAGGGAACAAGGCGUUUUCAGAAGUUCCUCACUUCAGGCAUCGGCAGCAAUCAAAAACAGGGGCUGGCUUCGCGGAUUUGAGAGCCAACCGUGAAGUAAUGCAGAUGCAGGAGUGCAGCCAGGCGUCUCUUUCCAGUUCAACUGAUGGGCCGCAGGAAUCCGCAAGGGAUGAGGUGCUCCCUGUUGUGUUAUUGACACCUGGGAGUACCGAUGACAAGUCUUUGUGCAAGGAUCUUGGUGUGACGUAUUAUGCUCCCAAGCCUGUGAAACGGGAAGUGCUUGUUCGAAGGGUCAAGCAGGCAGAACAUCUCCCUCUGCAUGAUCGGCUGUCCACCACAAACUCAGCUACUUCGGAUGAGGUUGCUGCAGCAGCUGCAAGUGACAAGAGCUUGAAGGUCUUGGUUGCAGAAGAUAACAUUGUGAACCAACGGGUGGCAUUGACUCUUCUGCGAAAGUGGGGGCAUGAAGCAGUUCUGGCCAGUAAUGGAGAAGAAGCUGUGAAGAAGGUUCAGACAGAUGAAUUUGAUGUUAUAUUAAUGGAUGUCCAAAUGCCAGUUUGUGAUGGGCUACAGGCAACCAAGAGGAUUCGGGACUACGAGUCUACGAAGAACCACCACACUCCAAUCAUCGCAAUGACUGCACAAGCUCUUAUUGGAGAUGGAAUGAAGUGUAUUGAUGCAGGGAUGGAUUCGUACAUGAGCAAACCUCUAAAUGCCUCAAAGUUGAAUGACCUGUUGCGGCUCGUAUGCCGAUCUCACGCUCUUCCAAAGCCAACCAACGAGUCUACCAGGGAAUUUUGA